GGAACUUCCAGGUACAAUAUUCACAACGAUGACCCAUUCUAUAUGUCUUGUGUGCGGAGUAAGAAUUCGAACAGACUUUACGACUCGAACAUCAACGAACAAAGUUUACAAUGCAAUUCUUCUUGCCGCGCUGAAGAUGUAUACUACAAUCUCUCAAGAAACACUCACUGUGUGCUUUAUGAGCUUUACUGCAAAGAAAUACAUCUGUAGCAGUCAUUACAUGAGUGCUGCACAGUACCUUUUAGCAGAAGUAAUCGUGGGUGGUGGAAAGCUAUCCAAGACUGCUGAAAACGUAUCAUAUCUCAAUAACGGAGAAAUUCCCCCACAAGUCUUGAACAGCUUGAAUGAAGCCAUAAGCUCAUUUGCGGAUCACAUCACUGUGAAAGCUUCAGAUGUUAGCCGUUUCAUCAACAAUAACAUGAAGAAAUAUUUUGGUGAUGUUGACUGGAACGUCCCGUUGUCAGCCAUUGAUGCUCCAGAAGAGAAAUAUUUACCGGUCUUUGAAGAUAACAAUCGAGCAGUGGAUGACACUCCUUGCGAAUCCCCAUUCAUAAAGUUUGAGGAUCCUGAUCCUCAAGGCGAAGCGAGCAGUUCCUGCUUUGUCUCUGGAGACCACGAAGUAAUACUAGCGGGUAGUAAGGGCAAGGAACACUUACAAAAGACAGAUUCAGCACUGCUGGACAAGCUCUAUUUGGUUCAAGGAAGAAAACUGCUUGAGUUGUUCCACAUCAGCAGAAGGAUCGGAAACGAAACUGAAACAAUGGCAAGGACGAUGGACCUGAGCUGGUUCUUAUGUUUAUCUUAACAUCCCUUCUUCUCAACGCGGUUGAAAGCAGAUUAAACGCCACAAGAAUACCAUUGAUUCUGAUUAACCUUUUGUUUUUCUGGAACAUCUAGAGAACAUAUGAUAAAAUGUGA